CAGAAGGACCACAGCUCCUUCCAUGCAUCCACUUGACAUGGGAUGUUUAAGAUUUAGGUUGUCCAGGGAGUUUGCCUGCCUCUCCAGAGAAGGAUGACCAUGUGGUCCCUGUGGAGUCUGUAUCUCUGGGCAGAGGAGCUCCUGGCCACAUAUUUCCAGGGUUCCCUGGAGACUCUGUACCACUCCCGUUUCCUGGGCCGAGCCCAACUGCACAGCAACCUGAGUCUGGACCUCUGACCACUGGAGUCUGGAGACAGCGGCAACUUCUCUGUGUUGCUGGUGGACACGGGCGAUCGGACCUGGACCCAGAUCCUGCAACUCAAGGUGUAUGAUGCAGUACUCAGGCCCAUGGUACAAGUGUUUGUUGCUGUAUUGAGGGAUGGCCAGCCCCCCAAGACCUGCCAGGCGCUCCUGUUGUUAAGGAGCAGCCUGGAAGCCAUCACACUGGGAGGACAGAAAACAUUGGUAUGA